AAAUUGAAUUAUAUUCUAUUCGUUUGAUUUCUUCUAUGAGCAUAAAAAUAAGAAUUAAAUUCUUAGAUGUUCGAAGAUGUAAAUAUAAAUUUUCAUGACUGUGUUAAAGAAUAAGAUUAUGACAUUAAUGAGGAAGAGGAAAGAGUAUAAUUCUUCAUUUAAUAGCAAUAAAUUAGAAUAUGGCGUAUCAAUCGAAAAAUUAAUGGAAUUUGGAUCUGUCCUUCCCGUAUCAUUAAAAGAAAUUUUGAUAAAAUUACACACAGAAGCUCAUCAAACAGUACAUGUUUUUGGAGUUACUCCAUUCGUUUCCAUACAUCGUCCAUUAAAACAGAAUAUUAGUAACGGUAAUCGUAUCAAAUGGAAAAAAGUUGGAAUCCACGUAGUUGCAGUCAUAUUUAAAUAUUUUCUACGCUCUCUCCCAUAUUCUCUUUUACAUCCUGAUUAUUAUUACGAAUGGAUCAACAUAGAAAUUAAUUUGACUUCUCUCUCUGUUUAUUCCUACGUAAAGAGAUUAAUCAAUCAAUUGCCAGAAUCUCAUAGAAUUUUGUUGAAUCAUCUGUUAAUGAUAUUACGUCGCAUAUGCCAGUCAGUUCCAGUUACUCUCUCCACUCCAAUUAUAGUCGGUUAUUUUAUUGGACCUUACGUAUUAUGGAAUCCAGAAUUAGGAUUUUGCACCUUUCCUUCUCGAGGAAUCCAUCUACAACUAGCGAAUAUAAUGAAAUAUUUAAUCAUCCACAUGGAUUCCUUAUUCCAAAAUAUGUUUAUCGAACAAAUAUUUCCAAUGGACAUUAAACCAAAUGAUAAACCAUUAAAUCAGCGUAAUUUUUAUUACUCCAGUUUUGUCUAUCAUACAACUGAUAUGAAUGUCACAAAAAUCAAAAAUAAUAGCUCUUCUACUCUAUUAACUUCUGUUAAUACGAAUGAUAGGGGUGUGGAUACUUUAAAUCUUUCUAUAGAAACAAGUAAUUCUGACAUUACUCAGAGUGUUAGAGGUGUACAAAGAAAGAAAAAAUCAAAAUUAAUUAUUUCUCUGAAAUGGUCAAUUCAUUCUGAACUACAUCCAUUUGAUUUGGAUAAAGAUAUUGAAAGCCAAAAUCAAUCAAGAAGAACUUUUGAGGAAAGAAAGGGGUAUGGUAAAGCUGCGAAAUGGUGUUUGAGACAUCAGUUAAUUGAAGGAAAAAUCUCUCUUCCUUCUUGGAUCUAUCAAUUUGAGAAUUGGAAAAUGGAUAGCGAUGAAUUGCCCAGUUGGAUAUUAAAUUCUAAUUUUACUAUGAACAUGAACGACCUAACAAAGAUAACAGAAGUGAAAUCAGAUCUAUUGAGAAAAUUAAUUUUCGAAACGGAACAGAAGAAACAUCUUCGAACAUGUCGAAGAAUUUAUAAUAAUAUGGAUUCUUUAAGAAAAAUAAUUGAUGAAUUGUUUUAAAAAAUGAAUAUUAAAAAAUAAAAAUUAAUGUUAAUAAAAAUCUUUCUAAAUUUUAUCAUCAGAUGU